AUGGAAAGUAUCAGCGACGCUGCUGUAAACCUCCACGAAGCCGUUAGUACGAUGAUGUUCUCGGGAGGCUGCGCUGCUCCCUUUGCCUCAGUGGACCACGACAGAGCCGCCCGCCGGCACUGCUGACUCCCCUGAGCUGUGGAGGACAGUUUCCAAACUUUGUCACAGCAAAAUACAGGACAGCGUAACAGGAAAGCAGAUGCCUGGCACGGCAACGUCACCUAUGCGUAAAGAUUUUCAGAGUCCGAAGGGCAGCGGCUGCCGCAGAUACCCCGGCCUGAAUAAUGGGGACUCUCCAGGAGAUGGGGAGCCCUCACAAGACAUUUUCUGGGAUCCAACAUCUCCCACUCCAGCUAAUACAGGGCUCAGGAACUCCAGAGUCGUGGAAAUAUCGGAUAUCGUCGACCGCAUUGCUCCAAAGGAUGUGAAGAGGAAGGAGGCUGAAUCUCCUCUGCUGCAGUGGAUUGGUGACAGCGCCGUCUCCUGCACACCAGACAUACCGAAGCCAAGAGUCCAGAAGAGGUCCUCUCGGCAGAGCAGUGUGGAGGACCUCAUGAAACUGGCCAGGCAGUUUGACAAGAACAUGCAACAAGACAGGGAGACUUCAGAACAGCUUAACACCAUCAACAACAACCUCAAUGAACGUGGGAACGCUUCCGAAACAAAACUGUCAGAGACGUCUUUCUCUAGCAGUGUGAGGGACCUGAAGUGUCCAACCUCAUUGGAUCAGGUGGAGUCAGAGCUGCACGCUCUGUUUGACUGCUCCACCCAGAGAUUCAGCGGUCGGCUAAGCCAGGGCUCCUCAGCAUCGGCCUGUUCACAGGAAAUAAAAGACCAACCUGUGAGUUCAACUUCAGCUGAACUCCGACAAUCAGAGCUCAGGUCAGCUGACACGUCUGGCCCGGCUGCACAUCCUGCUGAAGAAAAAGGAUCUUGCAGUUCGAGUGCGAACAACUGUGAUGACUUUGAUGACGACUGGGAGAACGAUGACCUACUUAAUGACUCUUUUGUGCUGGCGAUGACCCAGGAUCCCGACCAGCAACAUGACACCAACCCUAAAACCAACUUGCAGUCUAACACAAAGACAAACACUGCUCAGUUCACCUCUGCGUGCAAACCUGCUGCAAAUACAAACUCUGCACAUCAGCCUUCAAGCUUGCACUCCAAGCCGAGCUGCAGUGCACUCCAAGAACUGUGUCCCAAACCAAAGACUACCAACCGAAGCACUUUCAAGUUAGAGCCCAACCCUCACUUCCAGCCCAAGGAGGCAUCCAAGUCCAGCUUCACUGUUGCACAACCUAAACCACAGAUGUCGACCACAAAAACGCUGUCUACUCCUCAACCUGACAAGAUCACUAAGACUGAGGAGAAGACUUGUGUAGCUGCCUGCUCUGUUAAAGACAUUUCAGACAGCCUGUGGGAUGAUGGGGACGAUGACGCGCUGCUCUACCAGGUAUGUGACAGGGUGGAGAGGAUCUCCAACAGUCAACAGCUGCAAGUGAGGACCAGCAACUGCCAAGAAAAACAAGAUGUUGCAGUAGACGGACAGCGAAAAGUCACAGCACCUCUGCCGAUCGACGCGGCCGGGUCCGCGAACGCCAGUGCCAGCGCUAGUAGACAGUCGCCAUGUGCUUUUGUUCGAUCUAACUCAUUACCGGAGACUAGCUGCGAAUCUGUGAACUACCGAGGAUGGAGCGUUCCCAUGAAGGGCGCCAGCAACAAAUCACGGAUGUCACAGAGCCUCCCAGGAAGCCACAUGAGUCUGGGCACAUUUAGCCAGUGCAGGGAUUCCUCUGGAACUUUCCACGGAGGGAACGCUAAUGUGGAUAUGAGGCCGCAUACGGUGACAGCCAGGGCACCGCAGAACUCCAAGUCCCACCACAUAGCCUUCAAGAGAAAUGUGUCUGACUCGGCAGUUAUAAGCAGCAAAGUUUUCGUCACAAGCCAGAUGACAGGGAAGUGCUCGUCACCCGAGAUUGAGAGGAAGAAACAGGAAGCCCUGGCCAGGAGGCGACUGAGGAUGCAGAACGCCGCAAAACCAUAGAGGAGCUCCAUCCUGACUGAAGGGAUGUUAUUAUAAUGCAAUAAGCUGUUACUAAAUCAUCAUUCCAUGCCAGUGGUGCAGUCACCUCCUUUACAAGAUGUUUAACAUCAUAAAAUCUUAAAUAUCAUCCUCCAUAGCGUUUUGGAUGAUUUGCUUGACUCUGCACAGGAAGGACCUCGUGUCUGUCAAAAACUAGCGGAUGCUCGUUGUAAGAGCUGCUGGACACUUUCGCAGACAAACAUUUCUUUGGGGCUGAACUAUAGAUGUAAUAGAUGAGAAAAUGUCUGUUUUAUAUGUGAAAAUGAGCAUUGUUUGCUUGUCACAUUUUUCAUCAUUUCAGUUUUGCACAGGUCAGAAUCAAGUGUUAAAGACAGUGUUUUGGCCCUCUGCUGUAGGCCCAGUUUAUUGUAACAGCCACGCUAUGCACCUUUUAGAAAUUCUCAACCUAACAGCAGUAACAGCACAACCAUGGAGGCGCACGUUUUGAUUCCCACGGGAUGAGACUGAACGAGGAAGUUCAGAUCGACUGUGUUCGGAGCGUUGAUCUGCGGUGGACAGGUCAGACAACAACCAGAUCAAGAUGCUUGUGACCUCUUUGUUUCGAUCUCAGUGCCUUAGUGUGUCAUUAUGAAUUUGGCUGCAGUCCGACAGCAACAUGAUAAUUUGUCUUUCAUGAUGUUUGAGCCUUGUAUGAACGAAGAAACGUCUGAGCACAGUUGAUCGAGAAGAACAUUGUUUGUAGCCGUUUCAUUUAGUUUCAGCUGUCUGACUGGUGUCCAUAUUUUCGUUUUUCA